AUGACGCUGUGGCCGAGAGGAGUUCCUGUUAAUCCAAACAUCGACGGAACAACAUCCAUCGCAGUUUAUCGAUAACAAAUUCGCCAUACCUCGUCGAGUUAGUUAACAGCAUGGCUGCUCAGAAGAUAAACGAAGCUCAUGAGCACAUAGCGAAAGCUGAAAAAUGCUUAAAGACAAGUCUGACAAAGUGGAAGCCUGAUUAUGACAGUGCGGCAUCAGAAUACGCCAAAGCAGCUGUGUGCUUCAAGAAUGCGAAGCAGUAUGAUCAAGCAAAGGAUGCUUAUCUGAAGGAAGCUGAAUAUCACACAGAAAACAAGACGCUAUUCCAUGCUGCAAAGGCUAUUGAACAGGCGGGCAUGAUGAUGAAGGAACAAAAGAAGAUGCCAGAGGCCAUCCAGUACAUAGAGAAAGCUUGCAUGAUGUACAUGGAGAAUGGGACUCCUGACACCGCUGCCAUGGCUUUGGACCGGGCUGGAAAACUGAUAGAGCCAAUAAACCUAGAGAAAGCUGUGGACCUGUAUCAGAAGGCAGCUGGCGUGUUUGAGAAUGAAGACCGCCUACGCCAGGCAGUUGAACUGCUGGGAAAAGCCUCCAGACUUCUGGUCAGGUUAAGAAGGUUGGAUGAAGCAGCAGUCGCUGUGCAGAAAGAGAAGAACAUGUACAAAGAGAUUGAGAACUUCCCCAUGUGCUUCAAGAAAACAACUGCUCAAGUGCUGAUUCAUCUUCACAGAGGGGACUUCGUAGCUGCUGAUAAAUGCGUCAGAGAAAGUUACAGUCUGCCCGGCUACAGUGGAAGUGAAGAUUGCGUUGCCAUGGAGACGCUACUACAGGGCUACGACGAGCAGGACGAGGACCAGGUCUAUCGUGUGUGCAACUCACCUUUACUGAAGUACAUGGACAAUGAUUACGCCAAGCUGGCCAUUUCCCUGAGGGUACCUGGAGGAGGAGGAAAGAAGAAGAAGGCUGGUGCUGCUCCACAAGGCGGCGCUAGCGGGGCACCAGCUGCUGCAGAAGAGGACGAUGAUUAUGAGGGAGGGCUGUGUUAGCCUUCAGUCUCCGGAGUGCCGACUCUACCCUUCUGCUGCUCCACCACUACACCCUCUGUGUAACAGUUAUAAACCUUGACAAACCCUUUCAGCUCUGAAGCCAACACGUGCGGCUGACGUUUUUAUUGUGCAAAACAUAAGAAAAAGGCUGAUUUAAAAAUAAAACCCCACAUACAGUAGGUGGAGAAGGAAGAGUCGACCGGAGUUUAAACAGCCUUUUAAUUUGGGUUUCUUUGAGGUUGAUUCUCGGUGUAAUGCAAAAUCUUCAGUGUUCAGUAAUGUAUGAGAGCCUGUUUAUGUAAAUGUUCUAUUAUUUCUUGUCUCAGUGGAGCUGUACAUUUUUGCUGUUAUUGUUUGUGAGUAGACUCUUACAAUUGCUAUAGACAUAUUAAAAUCCGAAACACUCUCAAUAUAUCUAAUGGGCUGAUCAAUGUAUAGGUGUGUAUUUGUACAGAGUUAAUUUAUUCAGUAUUCAUGGCUCAGGCCUGUUAAAUAUUACUGGAACAAUAUGCAAUCAAUGCAUGUUUGGAAUAAUGCAACGGUAAAUCAAUAUCAAAUCUAUGAGUUUGUGAAUAUGAAUGCUAAAAAAACAAUUGGCACGGUUGUUUUCGGCAUUAGCACUUAUUCAAGUUAUUAACUUUAAAGAACAGUAGCGUUCCUAAUGGCGCUGUAGACUGUUUUCAUUUGUCUACCUCGAGGUUCCACAUAAAAAAACUUGUCAUGGCUUUAUUUCUAAUUUCCACAGUACAAUCCUAAAAUUAAAGCGACUAAAACAUGAUAAAGGGACCAUGCAGUGAGAGUUUUCUGUGCAUUUUCCCCAGUCGAUUGCCUUGUUAAUGCUGAAUUUGUGUAUUUGUGAUUUAGCUUAUUGCUCAUACCGUAAAUGUGAGAAGCUCUCGAUAUCAGGACGAGAUCAUUUACAUGCCAAUUAAAAUUAUUCAGACAGCACAUAACUAAAGAUAAUAAAGGGACUGUUUACAUUUUUUAUUUGUGCUGUUGCCCACUUCUUGUAUAUUCCUAAAAAGCAUAUCUUCAAACGUUGCACAUGCAUUAAUAAACAUUUCCAUUGUGUGGCA